AGCCGUCUGCCCGGCAAAGGCUUCCCAAGCAGGCGAGAGCAGCCACCGCCCGACCUUCCAGAGAGCCCCUGGCCCGACACCAUGUCCUCCGCCAGGUUCGACUCCUCAGACCGCUCUGCCUGGUACAUGGGGCCGGUGUCUCGCCAGGAGGCGCAGAGCCGGCUGCAGGGCCAGCGCCACGGCAUGUUCCUAGUCCGCGACUCGUCCACCUGCCCCGGGGACUAUGUGCUGUCGGUGUCCGAGAACUCGCGGGUCUCCCACUACAUCAUCAACUCGCUGCCCAACCGCCGUUUUAAGAUCGGGGACCAGGAGUUUGACCAUUUGCCGGCCCUGCUGGAGUUCUACAAGAUCCACUACCUGGACACCACCACCCUCAUUGAGCCUGCGCCCAGGUACCCAAGUCCACCAAUGGGAUCUGUCUCCGCACCCAACCUGCCUACAGCAGAAGAAAAUCUGGAAUAUGUACGGACUCUCUAUGAUUUCCCUGGGAAUGAUGCUGAAGACCUGCCCUUUAAAAAGGGUGAGAUCCUUGUGAUCAUAGAGAAGCCUGAAGAACAGUGGUGGAGUGCCCGGAACAAGGAUGGCCGGGUUGGAAUGAUUCCUGUCCCUUAUGUUGAAAAGCUUGUGAGAUCCUCGCCACACGGGAAACAUGGAAAUAGGAAUUCCAACAGUUACGGGAUCCCAGAACCUGCUCACGCGUAUGCUCAGCCACAGACCACAACUCCUCUUCCUGCAGUUUCCAGUACCCCUGGGGCAGCGAUCAACCCUUUGCCAUCCACACAGAAUGGACCUGUCUUUGCGAAAGCAAUCCAGAAAAGAGUACCCUGUGCUUAUGACAAGACUGCCUUGGCAUUAGAGGUUGGUGACAUUGUGAAAGUCACAAGGAUGAAUAUAAAUGGUCAGUGGGAAGGCGAGGUGAAUGGGCGCAAAGGGCUUUUCCCAUUUACACACGUCAAGAUCUUUGACCCUCAAAACCCAGAUGAAAACGAGUGAUUGCUGUUGCCCUGUUCUGCUGCUUCGUCGUUCUGCCUGUCAUAGUGUCCUUUGAAUGGGAAAGCAUUCUCUCUCAUAGGCAAGUUCCACUGCAUCGCCAAUGUCCAGCUUUCUGCAGACUGGCGGUCUCUCAUAUACAUUUGGAAUGCACACAGCGGCUGCCUCCUGGCAUUGUAUCAUAGUUGUAUUAUUGAAGAGUAGCCGAUUUUAGAGUUCUUUUGGAUCAUAAACUGGAAAUACUGGUGGAAGCACACAAGUGGAGAGAAGGUGGCAAGGAAAGGGUCUUCCUUCUCAUCACUGCCCUGUUUGUGUUUGGGACCGAUUCCGUCCUGUGUAUCAGAGAAAGCUUCAGGCCAUGGUGAGACUUGGUGCGUCGCUGUUUUACAAAGCAGUGGCUCAGCUGCCAUCUUGUUUUUUAUCGGACCACAGAGGAAGUGAACUUAAGAGAGAAUUUUGUCCUAAAAAAAACCCAAGUCUGCUUUUCUUUUUGGUUUGGUUUUGGAAGACUAAUCAAUUAGACAUGUGUGUUCUGAAACAGGUUUUUAAGUAGCGGGUUGGAUUUUUGUGAUAGUCCAAGGAAGAUCAUGUGCCUCUGAGCUUCUGAACUGAAGCUGCUGUAACUAAAGGAAGGGAAGAAGAACCACCCGGGGGCAGAAGCCUUCGCUGCCCUGGUUGCCAGUGGUACCUUGCUUUGCCAUACAGCAGCAGCACACAGAAAAUCAGUCGUGGUGUGCCGAGCUGCAUGCACAGCCUCUCGGAUUACUGUCCCUGAAAGCACUGGAGUGGAGACGCUUUGGGGGAACCUUUGCUUAACCUUGUUUGCCGAUGGCAGGAGUUGGGGGGGCGCCCAGGCCAGUUUUCAUGAAUGCACCCUUUUGAGAUAAAUUUUUAAUUCCUUUUAAAAGCAACGCUGUUCAUAGAAUCAUUGGAUUCAUUACUGAAUCGUUACGUCUGACUCACUGUAACCCAGUGCCCCCUGCCUUGGCCCGACCUCACGCAGCUGCCCCAGCAAGAUGGUGCUGCUGGUACGGGUUCCAUCGUCUAGCGCGCACGAUGCUCCCAAGCAAAGGCGGUGCAAGCUCUGGAAAUGGGUUCAUGCAUUUAACGUGUGGUGUUGAAGUGACUGGGGUAAACCUUAACCGGCCUGUCAGUUUGUUGGUAUCACAGCAUCGCCCUGGUAGCUAAGAGAGGCCUGUGCAUGCAGUCCAGCUGUUCUAAGUGUGCUGACCGAGCCCUCCCUGGCUGCAUAUAGCAGGCUGGAAUCCUGGAACUGUAAGGCAGUUCAGUCUGCUCUCCCUUCUGGACUCCAGUGAAGACAGCCCCUCAGAACGAAUACAGCAGACCUAGAAAUGCAGCAGCAACCCGAGUUGAGUGAGUGACACUCACUGAGCAUGUGCUGUAGCCGUGGCCCUGUCUCAGGAGGUUCUUAGGCUUCGAGGUUCAGAGCAAUGUAGUCUGAUGACAGGAGUGAGACAACCAUCUUUCCCUUUCUCUUUCUAUUUUUUAAAGCAGUGUUCUAUCAAGCUGUCGACUACAAUAUUAGAGUCUUGAGAGUGUUCCUGUGACAAAAUGAUUGGUCAGUUGAGAAAGUACUCACCAUGGCUGCCCACCUGUGAUUCUCUUGGAAAAUUAAUAAAUAAAUAAAUAAACUUCAGCUCUCCCUGACCAGUGAGAAUCACCACCGCCGCCUGCUCCCAGUAUCCAUUGCUGUCACCUUUUCUGGUUAGGUCUGUCAAGUUGGCUUUUUCUGAGUUCAGGCCCAGCCUGCCGUCCCACAAGAGGUAAGCUUGUGAGCAGUCCUGAACUGCCUAGAAACAGUGCUGGCCUCCUGGCCAUUGGCCAGGUCAGCAGCCCUACCCUUGUCGGCACCUACACGUCAGUGGCGUGUCUGGCAAGUCACGGCCCACGUGCCUGGUUCAGAGAAGCCACACACCCUAAGACCCUUACACCAGAUGUCGCUAAUGGGCCUCAUGCCUUUCGGUGAUGGCGUUUGGCUCAGAGCACAAGAAGUAUGGAGGCCAUUCGGAAAAGCAGGGUUCCCUUCCAGCCAUGUCUUCUGAUCAGUAAGUAGUAAGACCCACUUUGUGUAAAGCAUUUCAGGAUCAAACACCCUAUAAACCGGGCCUACCCUGGUUUCAGAAUGGAUUCAGCUCAUUACUUUUUUAGCCCAUGUAAAUAUCUCCAGGGCUGCCGAUCAGGAGAUUCAGAGCUCAAAAUAAAGUGAACCUUCAGUUCUGGACUUGCAAGAUACGUGCCAAACCAUAACUUUUUGGACUUAACUUAGAACCUUACCAGUUUUGUAAUCAGGCGGGGAAAUUCUCUUUUUUUACAUGAAAUCUAUGAAAACAGUACCUGCCCCAGCUCUGUGCCUGGUUUCUUCGCUGAUCUGGGAAGGCGUUUGAGCUUCGAGGAGUACUGUGAGUCCAAUUGCCAAGGGUAGGUUUUCUCCUGUGAUUGUUCCUUCCUGGUAUUUGCUCUGUUCUACUGGGUUGAAAAAAAAAUAUUUGGAUGCUAAAUUAACUCACUAUGGUUUUUUACCUGGUAAGGACACAAAUCACUUCCUAGAGGGCAUUGACAGUUGGACUGAAAACCUUGUGUACAGGAGUGGUCCUUGUCAUUCUGUGCUGAGUGAUACCACCUGACAGUAUGGGUAACGCGGAGGUGGACGCCCUGACCGGCUGCCGCUUGACAACAUUGGUCACCCAGACCGGACACCUUCUGUGCGCGUGGUCACAAACUGAAAGGAGGGAAGGACGGCCGGCCUCCUGGAGCUCACGCGUCCCUGGCACUGUGCUAGCUUUCUUUCCUUUACAGCUGUUUACAGACAAGACGGGCCCGGGACGACGGCCCCUGCUCUUGUAAUGUUUGCUCAGAGGAAUAUGAACAUUUUAUUUUUGAAAAGGGAUGAUGCGAUUUUUGUGCCAGGUGUUUAUAAUUUAAUCCUUUAAUCUUAUGUUCAUUAACCUCUUGAAGUGAGUGAGUGAGUGUUUUAACACAGUACCUAAGACUAAUGCUUUCUGUGGAUACCACUGAGCUCUGCCUCAGUCUCCACCUCUGGGACCGGAGAACGACGUCCCUGUAACUGCUGUCAGAGUGGACACUGAGCUAGCUGUAUAUUCUAAAGGAGUCGAA